AUGACGCACGCCGGUCCCCACAGAUCAGAUCCGGCCCUUCCAUCGCACCAGCGCAUCCGCCUGCGCAUCCGCCUCCCAGCGUUCCAUCCCAUCCAUCGCAUCCAUCCCAUCGCAUCGAACCCGCGACCACGCCUCGUGCGCGCAGUCCGUCAUGUGCGACCCCCUGUGUGCUACACGUACGACCCCGCGCCCACACCGUUCGUCAUCCACCUCCUCGUCCUCGCCCUCGCGCGCGCCCCCUGCUCCCCUGCUCCCUCCCGACAUCCGACGUCCUCGCACCUUCCACCCUCGACUUCCAUUCAUCUCCGUCUUCAUCUCACCGCGCCCAUCCUCCAGCACCGCCCCUUCGAUCGGCCACCCCGGACACGCCUCGUGCGCACCGUUCAUCGUUCGUCGCUCGCUCGUCAUUCCUCGUUGCGCCCCCGUCAGGCGCGGCCGCACUCCCCCACCCCACGCGCGCACUCCCCGAUCGGCGCCCUCCGCUAA